ACGAUGAACUCCGACCAAAUGAUGGAGGAGUCGGUAGAAGAAUCCAAAAGCAGCAGGAAGUCUUCUCCCUCGCCACGGAAUUCGUUCUUCUCUUCUCCCUUCCCCUCGUAGGAUCUUUGUGCAUUUGCCUCUGCUACUUCUGUUUUGUUGAUUGUAAUGUGUUGUUCUUGGUUUCUGGAGAAGUUCUCUUUCGUUGCUUGUAACUGGAUCUGCAAGUCAUGGCCUUUUCCUGGUCGAUCGAUUGACUGGUGCUUGGCAUGUGAGUUGUGGCCUAUUUGGUUCUAUGCUCGUGAAGGAAAAGUCUGAGCUUUGGCCUCAAUUUUUGGUGCUCGUCUGACUUAGGAUGGGCAGUGGAUCUGGCGAGUCGUCUAAUGGAGAUUCCCAAAGCUGCUUGGUUGGUGGCAGUAGUAGCAACAGGGAGGCCGGAAAUUUCCAAUGCAACAUAUGCUUAGAUCUGGCGCAGGAGCCCGUUGUCACCCUAUGCGGUCACCUCUUCUGCUGGCCUUGCCUUUACGAAUGGCUCCAUGAUCAUUCCCGCUCUUCUGAAUGCCCUGUCUGCAAGGCCACUGUUGCGGAGGAGGAGGUCGUCCCUCUCUACUGUGGAGGAAAUAGCUCCGCGCACCCUCAGUCCAGGUCGACUACUCGUGUGGACAUUCCCAGCCGUCCAGCCGCUGGUCGGAGGUUGGCGACAGCCCCACAACUGCCAUCCGAUGCAAACCAUAUAUAUCACCAUGACAUGAAUCAUAUCCAUCACACGGCUGGUUGGACGCCGGCGACAGCCUUGCAACCGCAACCCGAUUUGAACUAUAUCUAUCAUCGUAACAUGAACCAUAUCUAUCAUCAUGAGCCAUGGGUCAUGGCCUCAAAUCACUUGGCUGGAACGAGGCUUGGGAACUUCACAUUCCCAAAUGCACCUGCAAAUCAUUCUGCUGCCGCUAGGAAUCAAAUGGCCAGCAUAAAUCAGAGAAACUUCAUGUUUCAGGAUGCAACUGCCAAUGAUGUUGGCCAUGGCAGCCAUGCCAAUGUAUUUCACAGUCUGCCUGCUCAUGGUUUCCACCAUGGUCAUGGCCAGCAUUCUUAUUGGUUCCACCAUGGUCAUGGACCUCGUGCUUAUGGUUUCGGUCAUGCUUAUGGGUUAUGGCGACAUGCAAACCGUGGACGACAGGUUGAUGUCAUGUGGAACUUGCUUUUGUUCCUGUUCCUUGCUCUGAUAAUUAGCAAUAUAAUAUCAUAAAUGGUUCUGCAAA